AGUAAAUGACAACAAUGUGGUCGCACGCAUUCGAGUAAAUUUUGGAUAUUUUCUAGUUUUAUUUCAAUUUUUCGUCAUAAGAAUCGUAUCAAAAUGCCGAAAGAACAAUUUCGUGAAGCUGACGUAAUUAAGAAAAUAUCACACGUACAAUUCGGAAUUGAUAGUCCAGAGGAGAUUCAACAAGAGGCGCACAUUAGGAUUGUAUCAAAGAAUCUAUACAAUGAUGGACGACAGCCAAUGGCAUUCGGUGUUUUGGAUCGACGUAUGGGUGUAAGCCAAAAAGAUGCACAGUGUGUGACUUGCAACCAAGGAUUGAAUGAAUGUGUCGGACAUUUUGGAUAUUUAGACUUGGCAUUGCCAGUUUAUCAUGUUGGUCAUUUUCGUUCAACCAUUCAAAUUCUACAGGCCAUUUGCAAGACCUGCGCUCGUGUGAUGUUAAAAGAUGCCGAUAAGCAAGUGUAUGGCCGACGCUUAUUAAACCAAAAUCUGUCAUACUUGGCGAAGAAGUCGAUAACAGCUCAAAUAUUGGCCAAAGCCAAAAAACAUACAAAAUGUCCGAAUUGCAGUGCAAUCAAUGGGCCGGUAAAGAAGGGUCCCGGUUUGAUGAAAAUUUGGCACGAACCAUUUCGUGGAAAGAAAACGACCGAUCCCAUCAUGCAAGAACAUUUGCAUGAAUUGCAAGAUGCAACAUCACGAAAUCGAGAAUUGGCCUCAAUGAUUGGACCGAGUUCAAUGAUCUGCGAAAUGAAUCCAUUGCAGGUGUUGGAUUUGUUCAAGAGAAUUCCAAAAUCAGAUGUGCCAUUACUUGGCAUGACGUCGCCUGAUUCAAAUCCAGCAAAUUUGAUAGUGACACGAGUCUUUGUACCGCCCGUAUGCAUUCGGCCAAGCGUUGUGUCGGAAAUUAAAGCGGGAACCACUGAAGAUGACCUGACAAUGAAACAAAGCGAAAUUUUAUUGAUCAAUGAUGUAAUCAACAAACAUAUGACCAGCGGCCAUAAAAUUGAACAAGUUCAAGAAGAUUGGGAUUUUUUACAAUUACACGUUUCAUUAUAUUUUAAUAGCGAGGUGUCCGGUAUUCCAAUGACAAUGUUGCCCAGACAAUCGUCUCGCGGUAUAGUUCAACGUUUGAAAGGUAAACAAGGUCGUUUCCGUGGUAAUUUAUCGGGAAAACGUGUCGAUUUCUCUGGCCGAACUGUUAUCUCACCCGAUCCAAAUCUGAUGAUUCAUCAAGUGGGUGUGCCCGAACGUGUGGCCAAAAUUCUAACAUAUCCCGAACGAGUCAAUGAUGCAAAUCUACAGCGAAUGAAGCAACUCGUUCGAAACGGCACUGAAAAGCAUCCGGGCGCAAAUUAUGUUCAACAAAAAGGAUUGUCAUUCAAAAAAUACUUGGCCUAUGGUAAUCGAGAGAAAGUCGCUCAAGACUUGAAGCGUGGCGAUAUUGUUGAGCGUCAUCUUACCGAUGGCGAUAUUGUUCUGUUUAAUCGUCAACCAAGUUUACACAAAAUGAGUAUCAUGUCACAUCAGGCCAAAGUUCAACCGCAACGAACGUUUCGAUUUAAUGAGUGCGUUUGUACGCCAUACAAUGCUGAUUUUGACGGUGAUGAGAUGAAUUUGCAUCUUCCACAAACCGAAGAGGCUCGGGCUGAAGCACUCGUUUUAAUGGGCAAUCAAUCGAAUUUGGUCACACCGAAAAACGGUGAAAUGCUCAUUGCAGCCACACAAGAUUUCAUUACGGGCGGCUAUUUACUCACACAAAAGGAUGAAUUUUUGACAAAAGAACAAGUGAUGCAACUCGCAGCUUGUUUGUUAGCCGGACCUGAUGCGAAUAUUAUGCUUGAUAUUCCGACACCUGCCAUUUUGAAACCGAGACGACUUUGGACGGGGAAACAAAUUUUCAACUUACUGCUUCGGCCAAACAAAGACGAUCCUGUUAUGGUCAAUCUCGAGACUAGAGGCAAAAAUUACACAAAUAACAAAGAUUUGUGUGUUAAAGAUUCGUAUGUGGUCGUUCGUAAUUCGGAACUGAUGUGCGGUUCCAUGGACAAAAAUACUUUGGGUUCAGGAACAAAAAGUAGUAUUUUCUACGUAAUUUUAAGAGAUUUUGGAAAAGAACCGUCAACAAAGGCGAUGUGGCGUUUGGCACGGAUGGCAUCUUAUUUCAUGAUGAACCGUGGUUUCUCCUUUGGCAUUGGUGAUGUAACGCCAAGUGCAAAAUUGCUCGAAGAAAAGCAAUUGCUCCUGGAAAAAGGUUAUGAGAAAUGUAACACAUACAUCAACGAAAUGAAAAAAGGAACAUUACAAUGUCAGCCUGGUUGCAGUCCGGAGCAAACUCUCGAAGCGGUCAUUUUAAAAGAAUUGUCCAGUAUUCGUGAGCUGGCGGCGAAAGCGUGUUUUCGUGAAUUGCAUCCGACAAACAGUGCAUUGAUUAUGGCCCAGUCUGGUUCAAAAGGUUCAAACAUCAAUAUAUCUCAAAUGAUUGCUUGUGUGGGCCAACAGGCCAUCAAUGGUAAACGUGUACCGAAUGGUUUUGAAGAUCGUGCAUUGCCACAUUUUGAAAAAUUCUCCAAAGUGCCAGCGGCUCGUGGUUUCGUACAAAAUAGUUUCUAUUCCGGUUUAACACCGACCGAAUUUUUUUUCCACACAAUGGCCGGCCGUGAAGGUUUAGUCGAUACCGCUGUCAAAACAGCGGAAACAGGUUAUUUGCAACGUCGUUUGGUAAAAUGUUUGGAAGAUUUGGUCGUUCAUUAUGAUGGUUCCGUUCGAAAUGCGAUCGGUGAAAUUGUUGAAUUUAUUUAUGGCGGUGAUGGUUUGGAUCCAGUUUUUAUGGAAACAAAAACAAAACCGGUUGACCUGGUGCGUCAAAUGAUGCAUUUACGUGCAAAAUAUCCAUGUAAAAAUGAGCAACCGUUGCGUGGCGAUGAAAUCAUUUCAACCGCCAAUAAAAUACUUGAGACUGAAGAAUUCAAAGAGGCACGCAGCGAUUUUAAGAAAGAAUCAUUGGAAUUUUUGGAAAAAUAUGGAAAACGUUUGACAUCAUUACAAAAUUCGUAUAGUGGAUGCAAAUCACCGGUGGUGAAACAAAUUGAAAGAACAACCGCUGGGCAAGUGGAAAAAUUUCUAGAAUCCGUUCGAGAUAAAUACAAUUUAGCGGUAACGGAACCGGGCACAGCUGUUGGAGCUUUGGCAGCUCAAUCUAUCGGUGAACCCGGAACACAGAUGACAUUGAAAACUUUCCAUUUUGCUGGUGUCGCUUCAAUGAACAUCACACAGGGAGUGCCACGUAUUGUGGAAAUUAUAAAUGCCAGCAAAAUGAUAUCAACGCCGGUCAUCACCGCAGAGAUUAUACUCAAGCAUGACAUGGAAUAUGCACGAAAAAUUAAAGCACGCAUUGAGAAGACCACCUUGGGAGAGGUUUCAUCUUACAUUGAAGAAGUUUACAAACCAACCGAUUGCUUUUUAGUCAUCAAACUUGAUUUGGAUCGUAUUCGGGUGUUAGGUCUUGAGGUCAACGCUGAAACCAUUCAAUAUUCAAUUUGCACCUCAAAACUCCGCCUCAAGCCACAAAAUGUGAUGGUCUACAGUCAGUCGUUGAUUUUGGUUCGCCCAGAUUCGGUGAAACACGGUCAUGCUUUGAAUGCUGAGCUGUCUCGUUUAGUCAAUGCAAUUCCAAAUGUUGUGAUUGCUGGUCUUCCGAAUGUUUCACGUGCCGUAAUUGCUGUUGAUGACCAAACCAAACCGGAAAGCUAUAAGCUCUGUGUUGAAGGAACUGGGUUGGGACAAGUAAUGGCGACGUACGGUGUUAUUGGCCAUAAGACUAGGAGCAAUAACAUUUGGGAGGUGUAUCAAACUUUGGGUAUUGAAGCGGCUCGAACAACCAUCAUGAAUGAAAUCACCGAUGUGAUGGAAGGUCACGGUAUGACAGUCGAUCACAGACACAUUAUGCUUUUGGCCAGUCAAAUGACAAGUCGCGGUGAAGUGCUUGGUAUCACUCGGCAUGGAUUGGCCAAAAUGAGAGAAUCAGUUUUCAAUUUGGCAUCGUUCGAAAAAACAGCCGACCAUCUCUUCGAUGCGGCCUACUAUGGUCAAACCGACGCUGUAGACGGUGUAUCGGAGCGUAUUAUUUUGGGAAUGCCAGCGUCAAUCGGUACUGGAAUAUUUAAGCUUAUGCAUAAUCACGAUAAAUACGAGUUGGAACCACCCCUCGAGCCGAUUUUUGCUUAAUUUUUUUCAUAUUAUAAAUAAGACAAAUUACAAACAUAUUUUUUGUUAAAUACAAAAUGAUUUAUUAUUAUUGAUUCUGAAU